CACCUCGCCCAGGCGCCCUUUGCACACCUCCAGCACAUUUACACAGCCUCGCCAACCCUCGUCAACCCCGACCUCGCCUCCUCGACUCGGCUCGGCUCCACCAUGACAGACUCGCGUGCAGGGCUCAAGACCCUCAUCACGCUCUCGUUCGUCCUGUCGCUCUCGUUCCUCCUCAUCAUCCUGUCGUGCGCCCUGUGGGGCAACUGGCUUCCUCUCCUCACCGCCAUCCUCUUCACCCUCGCGCCCCUGCCCAACUGGCUCUUCUCGCGCUGCGCCGGCGCCGACGACUUUAGCGCCGAGUACUCGUCGGGCCCGGUCGACUUUGGCCACUUUCUCACGAGCUGCUUCCUCGUGAGCGGCGUCGCGCUGCCGUACGUGCUCGCGCACGCAGAGGUCAUCCACCAGGCCGCGGCGUGGAUGAGCGCAGCGGGGGGCUUGAUCGGCUACGCGACGAUCAUCACCUACUCGCACUUCUUUGCCAUCCAGCUCGACGAGUUCUGAAACAGUGUAGGAUGCGGGCCGGGCGAGGGAGCAAGGGCGUGCAACGUCGAGUCUAUCUCACCUCUC